AUGCGAAUCCGCCUACAAGGAGCCGGAAAGGGAUUGGCAAAGCUUGGCAGUCGAGCCCGUCAACCGACUGAGCGACUCAAGAGUAUCCUACCAGGACGGGCUCCUAUCGGGACAGGCGCGUUAUCUGCGCCGGAGGUCAGAGCAAGGAAUUCGCGGCUGAAAAGCCUUGUCGACGAAUUAGAAGAAUCUUCGAGGCCCGAAACCAAUCCAACCGGCGCGGGUUUGAAUGAAGUGUUUGACAAUGUCGGAGCUCCAAAACAGGACCACCCCAUACCAUCUAAAAGCUGGUCCAGGGGUGAAAAGCUCAGGGAGGGCAUUCUAGUGGACAAUGGCAUUCCCCUCGUGUCUCCGAUUCUGGCCCGCGACGCCUGCAAGUGCGCUGAAUGCAUCGACCCUUCUGACCGACAACGGAAUUUCUCCUACGCAGAUAUCCCCACGGACAUUGGCUUUAGCAGAGUCACUCCCGUCGAGAAUUCCGGCGAGACCAUUGUCAGCUGGCGCAACGACGCUCUGCCUCACUCGGCGGGGAAAUCGACAAUCUUGGAUAAGGAGACCAUCUCGUCCCUGAGGAAGCCGUUCCGCAACCCGCAUUGGUAUCUGUACAGCCUGGCGCAGAAACUGUGGGAUGCCGAGUCGUUCACGCGCGACUCCAACCGGUUCGACUUCAACGAGUACAUGAGCAGCGACGACGCGCUGGCGGAAGCCCUCCACCUGCUGUGGCGGGACGGCCUGGUCUUUGUGGACGGCGUGCCCGAGUCCGAGGCGUCUGUUUCGCAGAUUGUCACCCGCAUCGGUCCGCUCAUGAACACCUUCUACGGUCCCACGUGGGACGUGCGAUCGGUUCCCAACGCCAAGAACGUCGCCUACACGGCCAAGUAUCUCGGCUUCCACAUGGACCUACUGUACAUGCGAGAACCGCCAGCGUUCCAGUUCCUGCACUGCAUCCACAACGAAAGCGUUGGCGGCGAGUCUCGGUUCGCCGACACGUUCAAGGCCGUCGACGUGCUCUACUCGCAAGACCCCGGAAAAGUCCGCGACCUGAUGACCUACCCGGUGCGCUACGAGUACGACAACGACGGCUACUUCUACUCGGACCUGAAACCCACCAUCCUCAAGCGUCAAGAACUGAACGUCCCCAAUCGCCCGACCCACAACGCCAGCCACCCGCACGUCAUGUCCGACGUCGGCCGCGUGUACUGGUCGCCCCCUUUCGUGGGCAACAUCCACCCGAAGCUGGAACAUCACGAGCUCGCGCGUUUCGUCUCGGCGAGCCACGCCUUCUCCCAAAUCCUCGAGCAACCGCAGAUGGUGGUCGAGGAGAAGAUGGACAGCGGCACGUGCGUCAUCUUCGACAACCUCCGCGUCGUGCACGCCCGCAACGCCUUCGACCUGAACUCGGGCCGCAGGUGGCUGAGGGGCGCGUACCUCGCCCGCCAGGACUUUGUGAGCAAGGCCUCGUCCAUGAUCGACAGAAUGCCCGCGAACAUCAGGUUUUAUACGCUCGAUGGGCAAGAGCCGUGA